AUGAAUUUGGACUCAAGUUUGGUUGGACCAUCAUGUUCAAUAACUUCGCCCACCACUAAAACAAAGACUGUUUCUACCUCAGGACAAGCCAAAAUUCCAACAAAGAGUCCAUCAUCUUCACAUAAAAGACCAUUUAAUAAUAAUUCAGUUGUUAAAGAUCCACAAACAAUUGCUGAAGAGUUGGCAAGAAAACGUGCAAGAAAUACCGAUGCAGCAAGAAGAAGUCGACAACGUAAAAGUAUGAGAAUGGAUAGUCUUGAAAAACAAGUUGUUGAAUUAACUAUUGAAAAUAAUGAAUUAAAAACUCGUCUAACUGUAUUGGAAGUCGAAAAGAAAA